GAGGCGAUGCAUCCUUCCUCCUGCCUUUUUUUCUGCUUUAUUUUUCUUUUCUCACGUCGUUCAUUUUAUGCGUCGCGAUCGCUCUGUGCAGCUGUGGGGUUUCGCGCGGGAAGCUGCUCGAGCUCGGCACUUCUCGUUUCGCAAAGCACUAAGUGUACGAGCCCGAGUUCGUUCAACUCGCUGCGCUAGCUUGAAACUACGAUGACCAAGUGAUUCCGCGGCUGAGAGCAGUUGUGCAACGGCUUUAAAAAGCGAAAGAAAAAAAGAAACUUGGUGAACGAUACUUGUGGCUGUACGUCUGCGCUACAACGUCGAUAUUUGCGGCUUGUUUUCUGGAGUUGGAGGCCAGCUUCGAUCGUAGUUUAGCGUGCGCUCGCCUUUACAACGGGUUGAGUCGAUCCCCGCACCCCGUACUGUGAAAUAUGCCGUUGGUAAGCCGUGUCAGCUGUACACCCCUUCAGAUGCCUACCAGGAGAGCCUUCUGCGGCCAUAUCGGACAUUCAGCGAUGUGGCCAUCUUCCACUUCACAGUGCCUGCUCAAACGUCCCGGGCAGCGUGGCAGUUUGUGGCCUUCAUGGACGAUAAGCACUGUCCGUCGCAACCAGUUUACAUCUACCUCAGGCAUGGCAGCUAUCCCGUGGUGGCGGCAGACAACAGCUCUUUUCCCACUCAUACUCACCUUCCGAGCCAGUCCCUAUAUCACCUCAAGACAGAGACCAAGUUUCAGCCCACGGAAAUGCCAGAAUUCCACGUGCUCAACCCCCUGCCUGGCAGCUGGUUUGUCAUUGCCUUUCUUCAGGAGUCGAGCCGGCAGAUCAAGCAGCAGGGAAUUCACCGAAGCUGCCAGUACAGCCUAGGUAGUAUGGCUGCAUGGACGCAUCACCAUGAGGUCAUAUUGCUCAACGUUGGUAUGCAUCUUAACGUUACUUCGCCGCCUCAGCUGACUGUGUUCAAAGUCUACGUUCCCGACGGUGCAUGGCAGCUGCUAGUGAGGAUAUCGGGUUGCGUCAACAUUUCUUCAAAUUCCUCCUCAAUCAGAAGCAAGGCCGUUGCGCCUUGCAUACGAAAGUUCGCGCUGCGUGCGAGGGCCCUGCCGUACGCGGAAGACAUUAACGUCACCGGAAGCGACUUCUACAGCAUCGUUCCGCAGCCAGAGGUGGAAGCAUACUACUACAUUGUUGUUGCUGCUGACAUGCACGUUGGCUACUCUAUUGUUGCUGAUAUAAAAGACUGCCCAACCCCAUGGCACUUCCCAAAUCGUAAAUCGAGUCGACAGCCACGCCAUUUGGCCUCCAGUUUCAAUGAGUCUGACACCAGCAAUGAGACCUCGUCCAAUCAGACGGCUUCCGCCCUGUCUGCCGUCAGCCAGCUGCACGAGGACCACCAGAAAGUAGCGUCGGGCCCCAGCACCACCGCGACCACGACUCCCACGGAGUUCCAGGCACACACGGCCCACUUCGUGAAGGAGAUCUUGGGAGAACAGGGCAUACUGGCCGCCAUGCAAGGAUGCCUGCCGAUGAUACCCCUGACACGGAUCAAACAUGCGCAGGACUUCUUGGACUCUUUCUUGGUGCAGGGACCAGAGUGGUUUUCGUCGUGGCUUGGCCUCACAGAUGCAUUCCCAGUCGUGGUUGGCCUGCAGCUGGAACCAUUUGUGGACAUAGGGGGCACGCUGCAGACCAAGAUACAUCUAGACAGCAUGGUUAAGAAUUUAACAUCCCAGGUGGUCAUCGUAAAUAUCUGCAUUCACCACAAUAGCCCGCCGCCGUACUUGUCGGGACGCAUUCAGUGCCCCCCGGGACUCGCGCUAACCGUCGCCACCAACGACAGCUUGGUUGCAAUCAAGUACUUCCCUUUUCCGGAGCCUGGCACUUGGUUCCUGUCCUUCACGGCAGCAUGCUUCAAUGGAUCCAGCUCGUGGGCGCCCGUACGAUGUGAGUUGGAGCAGACCAUAGUGGACCUUCGCAUCCGACUUCAGCCGUGCGUCUUCGAAGGUUCGCCCUGUGGCCAGCACGGCUACUGCCAGGAGAAUCACUUCCGGCAGUUCUACUUCAGCUCCUGCCACUGUGUUGGAGGCUGGCGUGGCUGGGGUUGCACCGACAACAGCAGAGCAACACCGGCACCUCUCCUUCUGAUGCGGACUCUGCUGCUGACACUCAGCAACCUGUUCUUCCUGCCUGCCAUCGUCCUCGCGACCAGACGUCAGUUCUACACCGAGGCUGUUGUCUACGGCGUUACCAUGUUCUUUUCAAUGUUCUACCAUGCCUGCGAUGUGGACAUGUUUGGCUUCUGCCUCCUGCGCUACGAGGUGCUCCAGUUCUGCGACUUCUUCUCAGCCGUGCUCUCAUUCUGGGUCACCCUGGUGGCCAUGGCUCACGUGCCACCCACGCUGGCCUCCAUCGCGCACGUGCUGGGCGCCCUGGGCGUGGCCCUCGGCGUCCAGUGCCAGCGCACCAGCCUGCUGGUGUUUGCCGUGCCAGCAGGUGUCGGAGCCUUCCUGCUGUCCGUGUCAUGGGUCCGCAGAUGCUACCAGUCCCACUCGUGCCAGCCGACACUGCGCGAGUGGCUGACCAACCUAAUUCCCGGGGUUCUCCUCGCCGCGGUCGGCCUAGUCCUGUUCGCCUUCGUGGAGACUGAGGACAACUACAAGUACAUCCACAGUGCGUGGCACAUUGUGAUUUCUCUCUCCAUCAGUUUCCUGCUCCCCAAGCGCAAUAUGAGCAACGUGACGCAGUGCAAGAACGGCUGCAGCGCCUCCGUCAUCAGCGGGGACACCAUGCAGUCCAUCUACGAGCGGGUGCAACCCGUGCUGAACAACGACUCGGAGCUCGUCGACAUAGCCGACUACCGACUCGAUACGGAUCUAACGUCGCUGAUCAGGGGCCUCCAUCCUUAACUCACCCGCCCGAGGUCCAGCAGCUAAUGUGUUGUUGUCGUGCUUGAGUGAGAUCCACCCAACGAUCUGCACGAGUUCGCUCUGCAAUCUGUGGGACGAAUUCUCAGUGAACUUAUUGUUGGAGUGAACUGCUGGUUCAAUUGCGAGGUCAGAGUCAGACGUGCAGCUGUGUAUGACAUGACGUCAUAUGUUGUGAGGCAUGUUUAAAACAUCAGAGCGGUGCUUGGGUGCAGUCGAAGCAUCUAAAAGCAUUAACUCAAGCUUCAAAGUCCUCUGAACGGACGGAGUCUGAACGGAGUCUGAAAGUCCUCUGUUAAGAUGAACACAGCGACAUGCAAACUUGGUUCAAAUGCAGGGGCACCUUUAGAGACCUCUGAACAAUGUCGAGUUAAGGACGGGUCAGAUUCAUUGGUGUCGAAUUGCUGGAACUUGACGGUACCUGCAACUGCAUGGGCUAAAUUCUGGAAGCUCAAACUGGCUUUGCAAAUCUAUUGCACCUGAUUAUCCAAUUUGCACGUCGACACUCGUGUUUCAGCAAACCUGUAUGCAAAAAUGUGUUCACGACUAAACGUCGACCUGACGUGCUCCAACUUUAAACUUUUGCAAACUGCGUUAUGUGAACCCAUGUUGGCAAGCAGCCAGCAAACGCAAUUGGUGAAAUCAUACUGCUUGUCGCAUCACAAUGACUAUGCUUACAAGCAUUGCUUUCCAACUGAGCAUGCGUUACGAGGCUUUAUGCAUGAAGGCCACACUAACAUGCCAACUUGUCAGAGCUGCACCGUCUUUCUGCGCCACUGUAUGUACAUAGUCCUCUUAGAGUGUGCCCCUGGCAACUGCUAGUCACAUAAAUCUUUCAGCUUUCAAUUUAUUUACACAUCGAAAUGAGCAAGCAGUCCACGCUUGAGCCAUAGAUUUCUUUGGGAAAAGUGAUAUGGAUGGGCUUCGGUCUUUCUGGCAGUAGAGCAGCUAUGUCUAAGCAGCUUGGAAGUUCUUGGCAGGCAGCGUCUGUUAUUUAGUGUCUAUACCCUAUUGCAAAAAAGCAAAAGGUCACUGGCUCUGGCCAGGUAGCCUUUAUCGACUAUGACUUGACCGCUACUGACUAAGACUUGAAAGGCACUUUCAACCCACAACUCAGGUGGCCUUUACCGGUGACACCUUGGAUGGCUUUAACUGGGGUGGCCUUUACCGGUGACACCUUGGGUGGCUUAAACUGGGGUGGCCUUUACCGGUGACACCUUGGGUGGCUUUAACUGGGGUGGCCUUUACCGGUGACAUCUUGGGUGGCUUUAAGUGGAAACGACUUGGAUGUCCUUUAAUGACUAAGGCCAGCUUUUAUUGGCUACGGCCUGGUAAGCUUUACCGGCUACAGCUGGUUGGUUAGCCCUUAUUGGCUACUGCGGGCUGGCCUAUACGUUACUGUGGCAGUGUAUACUAUCGGCAAUAAAUAUUUAGGCGCACAAUAUCCACAACAAAACUGGAUGUUUCGGCAGCCUGGGCAUGCAAGCUGUGCCGUUGUAUGCAACUAACAUGGUGUGUCACUGUUUUGCCGACCUUAGGCACAAACCACAUGGAAAUCUUAUCUUUUUUACUUUUUUUUUUCCUUGUUAUUUCAUGUUACCAGGCAAGAAUGACAUUCUCAUUCAAGUGAGUUCAGUGAGAUUAUUAGCAUCUGUUUCUGGACUAAAUCUGUAGCCUCAACCAAGGGGCAGCUGCAAAACGCACAAACCUAAUACGGUAUAUAGUGAACUGAAAAGUUACGAUUUCUGGUAAUACAAGUGCUCCUUUGUUUUCCAUGGGAAAGCACUGAUGUUAUAAAGCCCAAGAGAGCUGAAAUCAUUUUUAAUUAAGGAAAUGUGACCCGAGACACUUCGUGCAUCCUUUUAACGUGCUCUCUGUGUGGUAUUUUGUUUGUCAUGUCGUCAUUGCACUCACCCACAAGUGUCAUUAUUUUGAUCACUUUGUAUAAUUGCCUACCAUUGAAUGCCAUGUUAUGUGUUGAAUGUCGUUUACUAGUACUAUAAUGAUGUUAGAUUUUGUUAUGUCACCUUACCGUAAAACUUUCUGCACUCUAAGAGCAAGCUGCACUUCAAGAGUUGCAAUCUAAACGCAGAGUGAUUCAAAAGUUAUGGAAAAAAUAAGCUUAUGUAGCUCAAAAAGUAUAAACUAUAGCAAGAUGUGGUUUUCUAGGCAUAGGAAAGCCUAGGGGUUUUUUUUUUUUUUUUAUAGUAAAGAAUGUCUUGGUGGUUGUCAGAGCAGUUGAAUUUGUCAUAACAAGGUGGUGCUUUUGGAGCCCAACAGCCACCUUGUUUCAGCGGUGAUGCCAUUAGAAAUGGCCGUCAUAAAGCACCACCUGCUGGUAGAAAAAGAUAUACUCUGGCUAAGAGGUGUAUUGUUAUUGCAAAAAAUACCACGUCUUUCUGUGCACAUUUAGGAAAACUGCAUCUUGUAAUGCUCUAUACUUCUAAUUUAAAAUUUUUAGUUUUUUCUAUUACUUUUGGUUCACCCAUGGUAAUGGAGACUUUGGUUUGAUUGGGACAGAGGCUUCCAAGCAAAGCCUCUGUCCCAACUCUAACAAGGCUUGCUGCAUUUGAAAGAGGAAGUUCAAAUCUACUGCCCACUUGGAGAAGGCCUUUAAUGUAGGCCCUCAAUUUUUGUUUUUUACAAUUAGAAUUACUUACUGAAAAGGAAAAAUAAUUGUCGCCCGGUCGACUGUAGCAUAAAGCCACAAAGGAAACCCGAGAUGGGUUUCUCAGCAAGAAAGCUUCGCAGUCGAAGAAAAAUUUGCUCUGCUCUAGGGAUCGAACUAGGGACCAACGCCUUUCCGAGGCAGUCUCUCUACCAUGUGAGCUUACCACGAGGCUAGCAGAUCACGGAGCAAGGCCGAAUCACCGGAAAACCUGAAGCCCAGGGACACCGAAUAUGGAAACUCAGUUCUGCGGUGAUCUGCGAGUUGGAGUAAGGGAAGGUCCGCGCGAGGUAAAAAAUUGUAAUCUGCACUAAGCUACGAAGGAUUACAACAAAAAAUUACUUCCUCUUUUGAAUGGAACAGAUUUAAUUCAUAUUUGUACACUUGUCUAAUUGGUUCCUACACUGUGCGUGUAUUCGAAUUGGGAAAUUGGAGUUGGCCCCAAGUAUGUUUCUUCUGAAAGGGGUACUGACAUCACAUUUUCAACAUUUCUUGCAUUAAAUAAAGGUCCAAACUCUCUAAAUCCUUUUAAAUAUACUGCCCAGCAUCAGUGCGUCCCAAAUAAUGUACUGUAAGACUUGCUUCUAUGAAUCAGUUUUGGCAUCAGUAACCAGCAGUUCUAUGCGUCAUUACGUCCUGAUACACUGAAUCGCCCUAUUCCUGCAAUCACUGUAGCUUGCUCACAUUACUGCAGCCAGGAGGUACAUGCAAAACAUUUCUGUUUAUUUUUUAUGGGCAGCACCAUCAUAUGUAGGCUUAAAACUACACGACGUCAGCAAAUUUUGCUCUGUCUUGAGAUGACGCGAUAAUGUCAAUGAUGUCAAGGCAGCAUUUCGAGAGCAACUUUAAUAUCAAAUUAACAUGUUUCAUGAGUGUAUUGAAACCUUCACACUUGUUAAAUAUCAACCGUUUACAUGCGAGAAGCAUGGGAUAGAGUUUCUACAACGUCAGAAGUGUAUGUCAGUACUUUUUGAAACAUCAUAAAAAAUGUCAUGGCAUUGUUUCACUGCUAGGCAGUUGCUUUCUCAUUUUAAAUAUUGCGAGAGAUUGUGUACAUGUCUGUCAACCUUUGUCUAGCGUUUCUGUACACUGUUAACACAUUUUCGCGCAUUGCGCAGCAAUCUGGCAAUGUAAACUGUCGCCAAACUGUAAUGUUUCUCACCCAGCCCAGACUGCUCAGUCAAAAUAGGCACUCCUGCACUUAAGCUCAUGAUAAGACUCUGGUCAGUUUUUGUCUGGUGUGGGAUAUAGGCAGCAAAUAGCAGAUUGUGCAGAGUCGUGGCCAUGGCUGCCAGGUCUGCCAAACUUGUGCUGAACUGGCUUCUUUUAAGACCCCUUAUUAUGCAACAUGUAUGCCUUCUUUUAAAUUUAGCUACUAGUCUACUUUUCACACUAGUAUGGGGCAAUUCAUUAGUGCUAUAAAAUUGCUGCUAAUGUUAUAUUUUGCUAGAGGAGUCAUGUUUUGCACUUGAAUAGCAACAAAUCGGCAGCUACACUACAUAUCGCUGUCUCCCCAGGUAUGCCAAGGAGCGAUAGUUCUGUCAUUGUUCAGAGGCAUCUUUUAUGUCCACUCGAGUCGUGUAAGUGAUGGAUACCUGCUGUGGCCGUUUAGUCUAGGCUCGGCUACUAUUCUCACUUGUGACCCUGACAGUGUUUUGGGGAAUAUAGUGUCUAGGUUCUAAGUCUUAGACCUGGCAACUCUGGUCAUGGUCAACUGCUCCUGAGGCAAGCGGGCAGAGGUCAGCAGACUGAAGUGCUCAAGGUGUUCUGUAGUGAUGUCAAAACAUGAAGGUUUCGGACUUAAAGGGACGCCGAAGGCUAACUCAUUGCCUCCUCAAUUUAAGGUUCCUGAGGAACGGAGAGGCGGAAACAUUGUCUAUAAGGCAGCAGAGUCAAGAAAUCCUGCGCUGCUCAACGAUCUCCGAGGUCUUGCUUUGUAAGAAGCUGCUGGAUUUGGCGAUUCAGUUUAUGGCAGAAAGUGGCAUGCUCCUACAAAUAGCUGCAUGCAAUUCAGUGUGAAGAGUGUCAGAACCAGGAAAAUCCAUUGCAAAAAUAAAAGUUCAAUUGAAUUUACAAUAAUAUCAGCCGUUGACCAUUGACAAGUUGUUGACGAGAUUAUUUAUGUCACUGGGGUUCUGUGUUCCACGUUUUCAAAGUGGUUGUGCUAUUCCUUGUUGGUGGUUACAGCAUUUACUUGCUUAAUGAAACUGUGUUCUGUGGCAUACUUAUUAUUUUUGUUAUUAUGCUAUUUUUGAACGCUAUAUCCUGUGAAUUCAGCUUGACUUCAGCUUUGCCUUUGUCGCCCCUUUGACGUACAUUAUAUAAUCUCUACUGCUGUGCUGUCGAUGCAGAAUGUGCAAGAAGGCAUACCCCAUGGCAAGUUUCUGAAAGGACCCAUAUUAGCCCAGUCUCAAGCUUUGCAACGUUUUUCUCAAGCAAGUCAAUUGCAUUGUGCUAGAAGAUAACAAAAGCGACUCAGCGUUGCUUUGGUUUGCUUUUGCUUCACUGAUGAUGUCAUUAGUUCUAGCUAGUCAAAUAUCAAGUUGUUGUUUGCCACGUCUGCCAAGUGUUUGUCGCAUUGAUUCCAGCAAGCUGGAACAGAACAAAAAAAAAAUGUUUGUGUUUGCUAGUCCUUCUGCAGAGGCUUAAUUUUCCUUGUGUGCAUUUAUGCUUUGUACAGUAUCAUCUGUUUUAUAAGCAUCUAGUCAACCAUUACAUUAUUUUACAUUUUAAAAUGUGUUAUGGUAUUUUUCACGGCAAGCCUUUUUUUGCUUGCUUCAAAAGAGAGCCCUUGGCCCAGAGCAAUGAUCACACAAUGAUGUUGUCAAUCCAACAAAAUAUUCUAGCAAAGAUUUUGUAUCAGAGUGCAUUUGUUCAACUCAUUAUGCACAAUGCUUGCUGUGUCAAAGCUGUUUGUUGGCUUCUCUAAUAGGAAGCAUUUUGGCUCUUUGCCUGCUUGCCGGGCCGAAACGAAUGUGAAAUGCAGGAAUGCUCUAGUUAGCCAUGCAAUCUACCAUUUUGUGUGAAGUAUAUUGGAUCUAAAAGUUGAAAUUGUAGUAAGCUUUUUUGGGGAGCAGAUGUUUUAUUUAGGCACUCAUUCCUUGAUAAAAAAUUACUGAAAUGGAAGCUUUUUGAAAAUACAGUAGAAGCAUAUUGUUAUCAGCUGUAUAACUGUGUAACAAAAACUGGUAUUGCACUUACAUAAACCAAAUUCAACAGGGUGCACAAAGCGAACUAUAUAUAUAUA